AUGGGAAACGAGUGUCAGCGGUUCUUAAAGCAUCUCGCAGACAAGAUAGCUCAGAAAGACACCGAGCCUUAUCAUGUUGUAAUCACUUGGCUCAGGACACAGAUCUCGUUUGAACUCUUAAGAUCGGUACAUGCAUGCGUCAGAGGUUCGCGAACGCCGUUUCGUAGCAAGCUAGAGCAAUCAUUAGACUGUAAAAUAAAUGUCGCUAGUGCGGAUAUCUGAAAUACGUGUCUAUAUGCUUUUAUACUUAGGGCUUUUUAUGGACACUGGUUUAGCCGUCAUUAGUAUAAUUCGAUUGCAGGAUCUUAAUAUCUCUGCAUAAUGGAAUUCUUAAUUUUAUAGAAUUUUGAACUUUUAUUAGUAAUUAUAUCUAUUUCCUUUUCUUUUAUGUAAGGUUAAGUUACUUCUAUUUUUUAGAAUUUGUAAAUGAAUAGUUUUUUCUAUCUUCACUUAUAAUAUAUAGGAUUGUUUUUGUUCUCUAAUGAAGGACGAGGUGUUUCUUUUGUAACGGAUGGAAUUGUAGAUAGUGUUUUGAUUAAUUAAUUAGAUUUUUUUGUAACAGCAGGUUAAUUGUAAAUAGGAUUUUAAUUGAGGUUUUGUAAUAAAGAUUCUUUUCACUUAUUAUUAUUAUUAUUAUUAUUAUUAUUAUUAUUAUUAUUAUUAUUAUUAUUAUUUUCACUUUUUUUUGUCCGCGAGUAAUGUAAUGGAAAAUCCUUAUGACCAUAGCGACCAUUACGGAAAACCUAUAACAUAAUUAACAGUCGAGUAGUUUGUUAAUAUUUUCUAGAAAUGCCUCGUUGCUUACCUAAUUGAAUCAAUAUGCUAAUUGAUCAAUUUCCUGAUACGCUGCUAUUAAAUUUAAUGAAAGUCGGAUAAUUACCAACAUUUCUUAAUUGUGUGAUUCCAUUUAGUUCUCAGCUCGCAUUCAACGAUGGUGACUUUUAGCUUAAGAUGCCCUUAUGAAAAAAAAAUUCAAGAAGACCGCCUUUUAUAUAGAGUGCCUUUGAUCAUGAAGGAUAUACAUUAGUAUUUGUCAGCUGCAAUACAGAGACAAAUUCACUGACUAUCUUAAAAGACUAUAUAAUUUAAAGUUCAACUUGGUAAAAACAGUUUGAGCAGUCCUUCGAGCAAAAAGUGCCGGAGUGUAGUUGGUAGCCGCGAGCCGUUGGUCGUCACACCAGAAGUCCGUGCCGUAGCCAGCUACAAAUACAUCUUUAUCUAAGCAAGCCAAAAAGAAGAUAUGAAUUCAACUGCAGUCCCAUACACAAAGAGGAUACCUCUUGGAUGUGUUCCACCGAUUUCGCAGGGAACCCUUGAUGAAACUAGUUCGGAAGCUUAUGGAUGGCUUGUCUUUAUUGCAGUCAUCAGCAUCAUUACUUGUCCAUUCACAGCUGUUAUGAAUGCACUGGUCAUACUCGCUGUUAAGACUAUACACCGAUUGAAAACCAAGACAAACAUGGCACUCGCUUGCUUGUCGACUACUGAUUUGGUAAUGGAAGUGAUCGGUCAACCUGCUUUCAUCUUUUGGGUGAUCGCACAAAUGCAGGGAAGCACGUCCGCUACGUACUGUAUAAGAACACUGUUAUCAACGAUCCUUUUGAGGAUGUUGGGUUUUGCGUCGCUGUCUCACUUGGCCAUGAUCAACGUGGAGAGGUUCAUUGCUAUCAAACAUCCCCUGAGUUACGAGACUAUCGUCACCAAGAAUCGCCUUGUAUGUUUGUCUGCACUUCUGUGGAUGCUAGUGAUAUCUUUAACAGUACCUUUUCCUUUUGUUGAUAAUAAGGAGAUUUUCUUGAUAGCUGACAUUCAUGUAAUAUCGUUAUGCCUAACCACAGUUUUCUUUUGUCAAGUCGUGCUUUUCUACGAAACACGUCGGCAUGAAAAACGAAUAGCUACCCAACAAGUCUCUUUGGAAGCCAGAGAGAAGUUUUUGAAGGAGAAAAAAGCCUUUAAAGUGACAGCAACGGUACUGUUCUUUCUAAUAUUGUGCUUUUUGCCUUUAAUGUUCGCAUAUCUAAUACGAGCAUCAAAUUCUAUAACAACUUCAGUUGAUUUAAAAUACGUCGCUCUCUCUACAGGCCUUACUUCGGCAGUUUUGAAUUCGAUGGUUAACCCAAUUAUUUAUUGUGUAAGAAUCAGACAGUUUCGUGUUGCGUUUAUUCAGCUUAUCUUUCAAAAAAGCAGCGCGGGAGCUGAAAACAUGGAAAAGCGAGUUUUUUGGAAGACGAAACCGCGCCGUGGUGCCGCAUCAGGAAGGGUCCCAAGAACAGUAAGACAGUGAGCAAACCUACUAAGGGAUUACUCGGAUUAGAGUUUCAAUUUCGUUUCAUUUUAUUCUAAAAUUGAAGCAAAGCUGACACAGGCAAACAUAUACAAUGACAUGAUAAAUUUGCGGCGUUCAGGGUAAUUAAUUUCAGUUUUUCAAGUAAAUUUGAUUGCUGACUUGAGCUGUAGAGGCAUUAAAUGCACGCGAUAGCAAUCUUUAAUUAAUAUAUUAAAACAUCGUAAAUAUAUCUUAAACAUAUAUACUUUAUUUACACACAUCGUUUUGCCAUCUCCGCCCGCAAAUAGCAAGGGCUAGACGAGGCGGGCAGAGCCAGAAAGGUUACAGCAGUCAUAUAAAUAUCGAAUUAAAAGAAGCUAUGAAGAUUAUAUUAAAGAAAAGUAAAUAAAUUAUGCAAAUAGAUGAGAAUUACAACAAAAAGACAACAACAACAACAAGCUAGAGUUACAAAAAUGGUCUACAAGACAAAUUUGCUAAAGAACCUAUAAAUUAUUAGUGCCUUAAGUCGUGGCUGCAGAUUUUGACGACAUUCGUUGGGAAUUGCGUUCCAAAGUUUAGCUCCAGAACUGGAUGAAGAACCUUGAUUUUGAUUCAGUCUGGAAGUUUGGACAUAAUAAUUUCCAGACGAAGAAAACCUUGUCUCAUGCUUGUGCUCUGAAUUAGCUUUAGUAAAGAGAUCACAGAUGUUAGACGGAGCAUUCAAACAGGAGACGUCAAACAUUAUAGAAAACACUUUUUCAGCAUGUAACAUUUUGUAAGGGUAGAAUUUUUGAGGAAUAAAAUGGCACUGCUAGUGCUCUGGGUUCAGAAAAAUACAUCAAACGCCGGAAGGACUCGUUUUGACAGCACGAAAAUUUUUCUUUUGUACAUGGGUUUUGGCAGCUUGACCCCAAUCCACCAAAUCGUAUGUCAGAUAAGGCAAUAUCAAAGAUUGAUAAAUAUUUAACAGGGUAGUGCGUGGGACGAAGUGCCUAAGACGGGCAACAACACCAGCAGUUCUGCUUACUUUUAAUGCAACAUUAUUAAAAUGAAAUUUCCAGCUUAAAUUUCUGUCCAAUAGGACACCGAGAUAUUUAACAUUGUAUUCACACUCAAGGGCAGUAGGAAUUUGGGUACAGUUAUCAAUCUUUUCAAUGUUAACCUAGUAGUUCAACUUACGUAUAUGGACGAAAGAUAACAUAGUUUGACUUUUUAGCACUGAGCGGUAAAAGAAUUUGCAUUAAGCCAGUAGGAGACUUUGAGCAGUUCUCUAUUGACGGUUUUUUUAAGAGGUUUUAAAUUAGUGUCACCAUACAGCAAAGAGAAAGAAUGAGAAUUUCGCUGAAGAGUUAUGGAUAUCGUUAAUAUAGAUCAAGAAUAACAGAGGACCAAGUACAGACCCCUGUGGGACACCACAUGAAGUCAUACAUUCGGUAGAUAAGAUAAAACCUACUUCGGUUACUUGUGAACGACCAAGACGGUACGAGGCAAACCAGCAAUUGAUAAUUCCUCUGAUGCCAUAACGAUUCAGUUUUUGACGCAAGAUCAAGGUCGACGGUAUCAAAGGCCUUUUUUAAGUCUAAGAAGAUCCCGCAAGUGAAAAGUUUUUGGUCCACAUUGUUUUGUAUGACAUUAACAAUGUCAAUAAUGGCAUGUUGGGUGGAAUGUUUUUCGCAGAGGCCAUACUGCGACUUAAAUAGAAUAUCGUUUUUACCAAAAAAGGGUUUGAGGCGGUGGUACAUUAAUUUUUCAAAUAUCCGAUUGAAAAUAGACAGUUAUGGUUUCGAACGAUAAUUACCGCGCUCAGUCUCAUCGUGUAGUCUAAAAUGUAAAUAAAAAACGUUCAUUACUAAAGUUAUCUCAUAUACCUUACUCGGUAAAAGAGGAGAGAAAGUAAUAAUAAUAAAAUAAGGAGUACCAUAGACUCUCCAUUAGCUGCUAAAAAUACUAUCAUUAAUGCUCAAAAGAGAACGCGGGCUAAUUACUUUAUUUUCGACGCAAUUUACAUUGGGGACAAAAUUAUUGCAAAGGUAGAUCAACUCCGUAGCAUGAAUGAAAAAAUCAAGUCGUCUAGGGCAUUAUAAAUUCUGCAUCCGAAGAAGAGUAUACUAAGAGAUGCUUUCAGACAGGAUCAAUGCCUUUCUACUCAGAACAGCCGUAGGAAAUUGUAGACUAGUCCAAUUUGUGUCCUUUAAUUCAAUUCUUUUUCAAACACACUCAGUAGUAAGAGAGGGAGAAUCAUAACAAAGUCUUGCCUUUUAACACUUGUUAUCCCUGAAUUAAAGGUUAUGUAUCAGUCACCGCCUUCCAUUCACCAUUCACUGAAAUUAAACUUUUACGUAUGUAGAUAAAGAGAGGGAGCAUUCAGUAACACACUUCAUACUAAUAUAUAGAUUUAGCCAAGCCUAAAAGCGGAGCUCCCGAUUUCAUUACAAUAAUAAUAACGAUAAUAAUGAUGAUGAUGAAGAUCGUUUUAUUCACACUGGUACACAAUACGAUAUAACCUCGUUGCAAAUACUGAUACCCCCCAGUCGGUAUCGGGAUGUAGUCUAGCCUACGUGUAGCCGCAACCCACUCCCGACAAAGGAAGAAGAGGAGUCAAAGAAANAAAAUUUUGUGCUUAAUUAAAAAAUUUAUUUAAUUAAUAAUUUUUUAAAUAAUUUUUUUUUUUUUUUUUUUUUUUUUUUUUUGAGAAAUGGAAAUAAUUUUUUAUACAAAUAACUUGCGCAUACUGGCUUAAAGUACAACUAUCCUUUUAUUGCUUGCCUGUCAAGCGGCCGGCCAUCUCCUCCGAAUUUAUGACCGGCAAGCAAAAAGAAACAAUGAAAUGUCCUUACAACAGUGUCUAAAUACAAUACUCGAGUACUCCUUCGGAAAUAUUGGACGGCCAAUGAAGCAAUCCCAUUGCAUGGUUGAUUUUAGUCACUGGACCGCUUACUUCCUGGUAGUUAACCUUGUGACAGUAAAAGACCAUGCCAUUUACUGUCACAAGGGUGAGAAAUUGAAAACAAUGCUUAGCCAAAAUUUUGGAGGGACAGCAAAGAGUUAGUAGUAUGGUAUUUUUGAAAAAGGCCAAACCUACGCAGCGUUACGCGCAACCUCGAUGGCCAAUCAUACGGCUGGCUUUCCCGAUAAGCGGAGACGAAUACUUUGCAGAGCCGACAAGGCAGCAAACAGAAAGUUCGACUGAUGCAACCCUACUAGAUUGGCUAUUAGAAGAUGCAAUGGUGGCUUUCUGCUAUUGUUGCUCUCAUAAUAUUGAAGACCAUUUCAAGUGGUGAAAAAAGAUAAUAAUAAUAAUAUUACUAUUAUUAUUAUUAUUAUUAUUAUUAUUAUUAUUUUUAUGAAUCAUAGUAAUAAGCAAAGGAAAACAAAGUCUUGCGUUCCGAAUUCAGUUCGAUAUUAAUAUUUAUAUAUUUAUAGGGAGUGGUGUCGGGUGAGCGAUGAGAAUCGACAAGGAUCAGACAUCGGUUUUUAAGAAUCAUCUUAAAGCGGAGUUUUUGUCAUGCAAAGUGUCAGUGAAAUACUAGGAAAACUGUGAGAGGUAUAAGCUGUUCCAAAGAUGUAAAAAGCUUUUCACUAAAAUGAAUCACCUGUUUAUCAUAAUAAAAUUAAGCCAGUAUCAGAGAAACCGCGCGUGUCCCAUUGUCAAAGGAAAUUGAAGUCUUUGAUAUUUUUCCGCGAGACCGCGACGUCAAAUGUUUAGAGAGCGAUGUUAUAUGGCUAAAGUAACUGAUGACGGCAGAGAGAAGUAUUCAUCUAGUGAAACCAUGGCAUUAUUAUGAAACACAUUACCUAUUUUAAUGAAAUUAAAAGUUGUGAAUUUUCAGUUAAAUUUAUAGUUCCUUGAAAUGUUUCUAUGCUUAUACAAAUUUAAAAAGUCAGCCGCUUGAUCAAAGACCUAUGUUGCGACUAUUACAUUAAACUGACAAGGAUAUUAAUAACCGACAUUACUAAGUAUAUUUAUAUACUCCGGCCAUUUAAAGUGCUCCCUGAGUUUACCGAAGAUGCAUGACUCUUAAGACGUCUUUAUCAACUAUACUGACUUUCAAUUUGCACAACGACUACGGCGGCUUUUCAAAUUUAUUUUCUAAGAAAACCGCAUUCUAUAGAGUGUUCUUUCACAUGAAAAAAAUCCUUGUGAUCAAAGCAACCCAAAUUAUCACCCGGAUUAUUAUCGAACUACUUUCUUGCAUUUCACACCUAAAAUACUGAGACAAAUUCACAAAAAAAAAAACCUAUAUUAAGGGACGAUAUCCCAAUUUAAGUUCAAAUCCAAACUUAAAGAUUGCGGCAAAAACAUUUCGUAGGUGCGAAAAGAAAGUUAGACUGUUGGCAGCUCCCCCUUUUUUCCGCAAUCCGUCAAACGAAACGUGUGUGAGUCAAGUUGAUGCGAGCCGUCACAGAUCGUCACACCAACGGAGAGUCGCGCCGUUCAUAUUCACAAAUAUGAAUUCAACAGCAGCCUUAGACACGGCGAGGAUAGCUCUUGGAUGUGAUCCAAUAAUCCCGCAUGGAACUCUCGAUCCGAAAAAUACCCCAGAAGCUUAUGGAUGGCUUGUCUUCAUUGCCGUCAUCAGCGCCAUUACUUGUCCACUUACAAUUGUUAUGAAUGCACUGAUCAUAAUCGCUGUUAAGACUAAACCCCGAGUUAAAACCAAGUCAAACAUUGCGCUCGCCUGCUUGUCGACUACAGAUUUGGCAAUGGGAGUAAUCGGUCAACCUCUUUUUAUAUCUGGGGUGAUCGCAGAGCUCCAAGGU